CAGGAUGGCACCUUGUCACUCAUCUCACCCCAGACCAAAUCCUUCUCCAGCACGCAGUGCAGCCACAGCUGACAGAACAACAGCAUGUCACUCCACAGCCUCUGUGUGCAAGCCGUCCUUCUCAUAAGCGUCCUGUCCGUCUGCUCACCUUCAGGUGGUUCAUCUGAGAGUAGACUUCACAGGAUCCUCAUGAAACGAGAUGCAAAGGAGCUGGUAGCCAGGCCUAAAGCACAGAUCGCAGUGUCGCAGUCCAAGGCUAAACAGUUUCUGUCAGAGCUUCACAGGACUAAGAGAAAUGUGUGGGACCGUAGCCGCCCCGACGUCCAGCAGUGGAUCCAGCAAUUCAUGUACAUGGGCUAUGAUGAGGCAAGACUUGAGACUGAUCUCUCCUAUUGGAUGGACCAGGCCAGAUCAAAUGACCAGGGCCGGCAGCAUCAUCAUGAUGAGAAUGCACCAAUGAGCCAACAGGACCCCAGUUCCUACAGACACGGGGCCAACGUCAAUUAUGAUUACUAUUAAACCACUUUACAAACUAUCUUGAACCUAACGUUCGCUGUGAGAAUAAGAAUCCAUUCUAGUGCAAUGUAUAUACCGCACAACCUACACAAUGUCCCGUAUACAGUAUGAUGUGUAUAUGAUUUUUAAAUCAAGUUAAAAGUAGUCUUUAAAAGUAGUACUUUCGUCAAGUAGGAUUUUGAGGAGAAGCAAAUCGAGUUUGGAUAAGAGAGAGUGGAAUUAAUGCACAACAGUGAAUAAAAAAUGACUUUUUUUUUUUCUUUUCUUGUUUGUAUUCUAUGAUUGCAUUGAAUCCUGACUGUAUUGUAAAUAUAAUGAAAGUGGCUACAUCUUGAAUAAAACUUCAGUGAGGUGACAGACA